UGGGAGAAACACCACUACUGCCUCCGUCAAUGUAAGUACUCUGAAGCUGUGUUUUAUGCGUAAAUUUGCAGAAUUUGACGUGCACCAUAAAUGUAUUAUAUCUUAUUCUCGCCAAAGGUAUUCUGUAGUUGGUGUAUUAUUUUUAAGUAGUGCCGAUUUUUGCGUUCAAGUGGUUGCAGUAUCUAAAUAUUAAAAUGGCGUCGCAAACUAGUAGUAGCUCAUCCUGCCCUGAGUGCUGUUUGUUGUGUAACUUCACCAAUCACGCCGUCAUUAAUGUUGCCAUACUUUGGUGCUGUCCGAAGAAAUGAAUGUUUUGUUCCUGUGAUACUAAAUCCUUAUGGUGGCACUCCACAGUCCAUUUGAAUUUUAUGUGUUUUAUGCUGUUUAUGUCUUUUUAUUUAUCUUGUUGCCAUUUAUUAAUCCAGUGGUUACUCCGCUAGUCUGCAAUCGAUGUCAGUAUCUCGAAAAUCGCGACCGCUGUCUCAGUGGUCUGGCCAACGACACAAUGGAGACGUGCAAACCCAACACAAUAACUUGCGUCGUGGUGACAGGCGUUCGGGCGGACCACACCUUGUCCCCAGUCCGAGAUACACCACUAAUCAGCCGUCACUGUACGUGGGACAUCGACGCCGUUGACGAUGCCAACACUUGGAGGCGGCUGCCUAAAGGACAGGAUUUCAUCUGCUUCAACGUUACACGCGAUGGCGGGGGACCUGACGGCAAGAACUACAAUGACCGGCGUUGCUUGUGCGCCACAGACAAGUGUAACAUUAAGAUGUGGGAUGAGAUCUUUAUGCAGCCGACUCUACCGGAGAAUUUCACCGAUAAGGAUAAGCCAGUCAUUCCGACGGGACUGGGCGGUAAUUCCCUGGCUAACAUCAGCGCAUGGUCCAACUACACCGUCAUCGCCUCAUCCAGCGGUAAUGGCAGCAAUCCUAACGGUUCGGGAAAAGCCCCGAUCGACGCCACCACCGCAGCCAGCGGGAAUGACACGGCAGCUGCUGGUAAUUCCACAUCCGAUACGAAUUCUGGCAGCAACUCUGCAGAGAGAGGCUCCAAUACCGGACUGAUUAUCGGAAUAGCCGUUGGCGUGUUAAUCCUUGCCGCGGCCGUGGGCUGCGGCCUCUGGUACUGGUUCAAAGUACGCAAGCGGAAGGGCUCGGACGCCAGCAGUGGAGCCAGUGGCAACACGGCGGGCACGGAAGCCAGCGAGGAUGAUGAGUGAUGGAUGAGAAACAUAGUAACGUAGCGACUGUUCGGCUAGUAUUUUGUCAGCGUAGGGCUGCAAGCCUUACUGGCGAACGAAAGGUCCCACGCUUCAUGAAGUAAUGUGAUGAUAUUGAAGUAUGAAUGAAGAGGAGACUAAACUGCGGGGUCUCGAUUGAUCAACCACAGCUUCAUGC